AUUGAUUACCCCUCCAGCAUUUUCUCUCUCUUUUCUUCCGUUAUCCAAUCAGUGAUUAUGUGCAAUUAAAGGAUUAGAUCUGCUCUUCAGGAAAGGGUGGAACCCUGAGGGGACUGAUGUGCAUACUGGCCAGGUAUCAUCCGCUCCAGUCUUCUCUGGCUUUGCUCAUUUUGCUUGUCGCCUGCACUAUGGGCUGUAUUCAGAGCAUCGCAUGCAAGCCCCGCAUCAGACGGGAGAACAUUGUCGUGUAUGAGGUGUCCGCCUCUAUUGACCAGUGUCCAACCAUCAUUGAGGAGAACUCACCGAUUGUGCUCCGCUACAAGACACCAUACUUCAGGGCCUCAGCAGGAGUUGUGAUGCCACCAGUGCCCCGCAACGAAACCUGGGUGGUGGGUUGGAUCCAAGCUUGUACCCAGAUGGAGUUCUACAAUACCUAUGGUGAUAUUGGCAUGUCCAGCUGGGAGUUACCAGAGUUGCGAGAGGGUCGGGUUAAGGCCAUCAGUGACUCGGAUGGUGUCAGCUACCCCUGGUACGGCAAUACCACAGAGACGGUCACCCUCACAGGCCCUACGUCCAAACCGUCCCGUCUGACGGUCAGCAUGAAUGACAAUUUCUAUCCCAGUGUGACCUGGGCUGUGCCCAUCAGCAACAGCAACACACCCAUGCUGACCCACAUCACCAGGGACCAGAGUUUCAUCACCUGGCUGGUGGCCAUGAACUCUGUCACCAAGGAGCGUAUAGUGUUGCAGACGGUGCGGUGGCGGAUGCGGGUGGAUAUCACUGUGGAUCCAGAUAUGCCGCUGGGCUCUCGGGCCUCGUUGGUGGGUCGGCCCUACCAGGAGCAACCGCACAUCCUCAACUACCAGGAACCCAUCCCUCCCAACGCGCUGGGGAGGCCGAAUGCCAAUGAUGCCCAAGUGCUAAUGUGGAGGCCACGGAGAGGGGCGCCGCUUGUCGUCAUACCGCCAAAAUAAGAGAGUGAAAUGUUUGCACACACAAAAGUAUAAUUGUUCCCUUUUGGAAAAAAAGGGGGGAAUGUAAAGAGAUAGGAAAGCAAUGAAGUCAUGCCCCAUGGCUUCUUAUCUCUGAAUGGACUAUCAAGUGGACUAUUAUGAUAAGCUGGUGUGGAUAUUAUAUCCGGGAUCUGACAUAGUACAAGAAGUCCACAACAAACUAUUGUCGAGGACCCGGAGCUGCAUCAAAGCUUGUUUUGACCCCUCACGUGCUUUGGACUGGAAUAUAGAGUUAUGCCUGCCUUUUAGCUGAGAAGGAAAGCUGUUUUUAGAUCUACCGCAGAGGUAUUAGACCACAACAAGAACUGCAUCCUGCAUCCUUAUGUAGACCUUAUUGCAUGAGAAUGAGAGGAAGACAAAAAAAAAAGAACUAUCCUUGGAGAAGUUUCAGAAUAGCAUUUGUUUUGUAUAACUUGAUACCUGAAGACAUUUUGAUUGAAAACUCAGCCAAAAAGAAAAAAAAGAAAGAAAAAAAAAACCAGAGGGCUGGUAAACCUCAUCAGUGCCAACAAAGGCCUUCAGCAGUCUCAGUAUUAAAGGAUGUAUUCAGAUCAUUUAAAAGAGACAAAGUAUUAUAUGAAUCUUUUUAGGUUAAGAAUAAACUCUUACAUCGACCAGAUUGUAAUAAGAGCACCCACCUGGCAUAAAAGUCUGGAAGAAAAGACAAAAAAAAUACAACCUGCUGUAGUUUUCACGAGUUUUGCUAAUACACCAAACUUACACACCCAUCUUAUUUUCUUGCCUCAGUUGUGCAGCUGAUAGCGUAUUUGGAUGGGUGUCAAAUCUAUCAGAGAGAUGAGCCAGAUCUGUUGAUACCUUAAAUAAAUAAUGUCAGCUAUGCGUUCAAUCAGUGCAGUGUAAAUGACUUGGAGUCAUGCCGGACAACAGAUUUAAAACAAGAGGCCGACAGCAGUCGGCACAUAUAUCAUAGGUGGAAUGAGGCCAAACUGUACUGAGGCUACAUUUGAUGUUGCACUACAAUCAGGGAAUCUAAAUGUACUCUUAACGGUGUUCUUGGUGUGAAACCUAGACACCAUUUUGGAAAAGGGAUUUAUUUGGCUCCAUGCCAGCACUGGUUCUAUGACAUCAUGCCAAUUAUUUUCUAGCAUAUUUCUGCAGAUAAACAUAAAGAUGAAGACCUUCUUGCGUCGUGGCCACGGCCUGUUCUGGGCCACGUCCAGGUCCCUGCCUGCCACUCCACACAAGUCACAUGACUCAUCCUCCAUCUGUGCUUCUCUACAGGUUUACGCCUCACCUUCCCAUAUGCCUGCUUGCUUGCUCCCCUGCCUGUGCGCCUCAUACACGCACACUAGGGCCAUACUUAAUUCACUAAUCUUCUCUAAGAGCCACAACU